AUGUACUCAAAUCUAGGUGACUUGGGGAACCGGCAGCUAUUGCUAUUUUUUAUAAUUCUUUCGAUCUGGAAGACAGCAAGUGGCCAGGUCCGCUACUCGGUCUUGGAAGAGGCCAAACACGGCACCUUCGUGGGCCGAAUCGCCCAGGACCUAAGGCUGGAGCUACAAGAGCUGGUGCCGCGCCUGUUCCGGGUGGCGUCCAAAGACCUCGGGGAACUUCUGGAGGUAAAUCUGCAGAAUGGCAUUUUGUUUGUGAAUUCUCGGAUCGACCGGGAGGAGCUGUGCGGGCGGAGCGCGGAGUGCAGCAUCCACUUGGAGGUGAUCGUGGACCGGCCGCUGCAGGUGUUCCACGUGGAGGUGGAGGUGAAGGACAUUAACGACAAUCCUCCUGUGUUCCAGGGGACACAAAAGAAUCUGUUUAUCGCGGAAUCCAGGCCGCUUGACUUUCGGUUUCCACUAGAGGGCGCCUCCGACGCAGAUAUCGGGGAGAACGCUGUGUUGACUUACAGGCUGAGCUCCAGUGAAUAUUUCUCUCUGGAGGUACCAACCACCGACCAACAGGUAAAACCUCUCAGUCUUGUAUUACGCAAACCUUUAGAUAGGGAAGAAUCUCCGGAACUUCAUUUAGUGCUCACGGCCACUGACAGAGGCAAACCUGAGCUGACUGGCACCGUUCAGUUACUCAUCAACGUGCUAGACGCCAAUGACAACGCUCCAGUUUUUGAUAGAACACUCUAUGCUGUGAAAUUAGCAGAAAACGUCCCUAAUGGAACGUUGGUAAUUAAACUUAACGCCUCAGAUUUAGACGAAGGCUUGAAUGCGGAUAUUAUUUAUUCAUUCUCUAGUGACGCUUCUCCUGAUAUAAAUUUUAAGUUCUACAUAGACCCUGUAAGUGGGGAAAUUACAGUUGCAGGACACAUCGAUUUUGAAGAAAGAAAAACCUACAAAAUCCGAGUAGAGGCGACUGAUAAAGGCUACCCACCCUUGGCUGGUCACUGUACAGUUCUUGUGGAAGUUUUGGACACUAAUGACAAUCCUCCAGUAUUGACUGUCACUUCCCUGUCCCUUCCUAUCUCAGAGAAUGCUCAGCCAGGCACAGUCAUCACCUUGAUUAACGUAUCUGACCGAGAUUCUGGAGCAAAUGGACAGGUGACCUGUUCUCUGACGCCUCAUGUCCCCUUCAAGCUAGUGUCCACCUUCAAGAAUUACUAUUCGCUGGUCCUGGAGAGUGCCUUGGAUCGUGAGACAGUAGCGAACUAUGAAGUAGUGGUGACCGCGAGGGACGGGGGCUCGCCUUCGCUGUCGGCCACGGCCAGCGUGUCCGUGGAGGUGGCUGACGUGAACGACAACGCGCCCACGUUCCCGCAGCCCGAGUACACGGUGUUCGUGAAGGAGAACAACCCGCCCGGCUGCCACAUCUUCACCGUGUCGGCGCGAGACGCGGACGCGCAGGAGAACGCGCUGGUGUCCUACUCGCUGGUGGAGCGGCGGGUGGGCGAGCGUGCACUGUCGAGCUACGUGUCGGUGCACGCGGAGAGCGGCAAGGUGUACGCGCUGCAGCCGCUGGACCACGAGGAGCUGGAGCUGCUGCAGUUCCAGGUGAGCGCGCGCGACGCGGGCGUGCCGCCCCUGGGCAGCAACGUGACCCUGCAGGUGUUCGUGCUGGAUGAGAACGACAACGCGCCUGCGCUGCUGCCGCCCGGGCCAGGUGGAGGACCCAGCGCGCUGAGCCAGGUGGUACUGAGGUCCGUGGACGCGGGCCACGUGGUGGCGAAGGUGCGCGCGGUGGACGCCGACUCGGGCUACAACGCGUGGCUGUCGUACGAGCUGCAGCCGGCGGCGGGUGGCGCGAGCAGCCCGUUCCGCGUGGGGCUGUACACCGGCGAGAUCAGCACGACGCGCGCCCUGGACGAGGCGGACGCGCCGCGCCAGCGCCUGCUGGUGCUGGUGAAAGACCAUGGCGAGCCGGCGCUGACGGCCACGGCCACUGUGCUGCUGUCGCUGGAGGACAGCGGCCAGGCGCCCAAGGCCUCUUCACGGGCGUUGUCUGGUGCAGCCGGCGCAGAGACGGCGUUAGUGGAUGUGAACGUGUACCUGAUCAUCGCCAUCUGCGCGGUGUCCAGCCUGUUGGUGCUCACGUUGCUGCUGUACACGGCGCUGCGGUGCUCGGCGCCGCCCAGCGAGGGCGCGUGUGGACCCGUGAAGCCCAGGCUGGUGUGCUCCAGCGAGGUGGAAAGCUGGUCUUACUUGCAGGAGAGGCGACAGAGGGUGUGCUCUGGAGAGGGGCCACCCAAGACCGACCUCAUGGCCUUCAGCCCCAGCCUGCCUCCAUUCCCAGGUGCUGAAGCCAUAGGCAAACAGCAAGACCUAAAUGUUGAUCAUUGCACGGAAGUAAGUCUUUUCCAUUUAUAUUAUAAUUAUUUACAAUGA